AUGUUGCCAUCAUCCUUCACGCGGCUGCGUGAGGAGAAACCCAGUGCCACGAGUGGCCAAGGACCACAAAUGGCUGUGCGGGGGGCCCCGGAGAGAUUUGCUCUCGCGGUCCUGGGCUGCACCGGCGUGGGCAAGUCCGCCCUGGCCGGCAGAUUCUUGAGGGAUGAGGUGCUCCUCGAGCACGAUCCCACCAUCGAGGACCUUCACAGAAAGGAGCUCGUCCUGAAGGGUGCGCCGGUGUGUCUUGAAAUCGUAGAUACGGCGGGACAGGAAACCUACACCUCCCUGCGGAGGAGCUGGCUCCAGAACGGCAAGGGGUUCCUCUUCGUCUUCUCCUUGGCGGAUCGGCAAACGCUGGACGGGCUUUCAGCCUUCCGCGAGGAGAUCCGAAGCGUGUACCCCCAGGAGGCGCCUCCGAGCGUGAUCGCCGCCAACAUGGCGGACCUGCAGUGGGACGUGUCGGAGGAAGACCUGAAGAAACUGCAAGCCAACUGGCCCAACUGUGUACAGGUGCUCCAGACUUCGGCGGUGACCGGCCAGAACGUCCAUGAGGCCUUCGAGCAACUCUCGUCGGCUGUCCAGGAGCGGGAGCAUCGGCUACGUAGGGCUCAAAGAGAGGCCGCGCUGCAGCUUUCCUCGAAUCAGGAGUCGACGCAGAACUGCGCACGGUGCCGGCUGGCGCAAUGCUUCGCAAGCUGCACGGUGCAGUAG